UGCCCUAGCUAACAUUUGCAAGAACUGCAUCUCUGGGGAGUACCAGUGGUUACAGUAGGAGAACAAUUAGUUAAUUAUUAAGGGAUUUAACCAGCUAGGUUUGUGAAGGCAGCACAGAAGAUGAAAACAGUGUUUCUGUAACACAAGCAGAAAGACAUUUCCUUUAGAGAAGAGAUGGAUUUUCUCACCCAGCGCUGUUACGUCUGCUGCCAAGCAUCUUUUCGUCAAGGCUGCCUAACAUUACUUAUGGUAAUGAUCUUGUCAUUACUGGUGUAUCCUGACUUGAAAAACAUAGGCCUACAAUUACACUCUGCACUUACCGGGAGCUACAUCUCUGGAACCCACUCCAUAGUUUUAAUUAACUGCCCUAAUGAACCAACUGCAAAAGACAUUGCAAGAGCCAUUUUGGAGAAAAGGCUGGCUGCUUCUGUAAUUGCUUUGCCAAAGGCAUUUUCUUUGUACUUCUGGAAGGGAGAUAUUGAAGAAGCAGAUGCAAUAAUGCUGAUGAUCAGCACAAGAACAAGCAGAAUCCCUGAACUGGCGGAGUUUGUAAGGACAAUACAUCCAUUUGAUAUUCCGGAACUUGUAAGUCUUCCACUCGAUCAAGGAAACCCCGUAUAUUUCAAGUGGCUGGAAGACGUAGUGCCAGAAGAUUGACAAGACAAGCCAAGGAUAUAAGAUAUAUUAAGGAAAUUAGUCUGUAACAGAACAAUCAGCAGCUGGACUUCCUGAGUGCAGCAGUGAACUAUAUUUCACAUAAAGUGAAAUGUAAUCUGUUAUUAGAUGAGUAAGGAUGCCUGGAUUUCAUGUUAAAUAAAAGCAAUUUUUGUCUACAGCAUGUGGUGAUCAAACACUUCAGAUCCAAGUAAUAUGUCAUAUAUUUGGGCUUUUUUGCUGCUCAUCUGUGAGCAGAAUUAUGGUUAACUAUAAAAUAUUAUAGUAAUAAAGAAAUAUUCAUGUAUCAAAUAUAUAGUAUAUACAAGCCAUUACUGUGCCUUUAACAGGGGUUCUGGAAGUGAACAAGUACAUCAAAACCUUUAUCCAGCCCUUAUAGUGCUUUGUAUAACAAUAACAUACUGUACAGACAGCUAUAUUAUUUAAGGGCAUUUGUUUGCAACAUUCUGUGUGCUCUAGAACUAUCAAAUUGUACAUCACCAUCAUGGCAAAACUGACUGUAAUUCACUUCAAGUUUUGCAAGCUGAAAAGUGCAGGUUUUCAAAGAAACAUCUGUGUUUCCAGUGACUGCACCAGUGUCAGAUAGACUGAUUUCUCCAAAAUGCGGUUGUCUUACUAAAUUGUUAUAUAUGCAUGUAUAUGUUUGGCUCCUUCUGUAAACAGCUUUGUUUUACACUUUGUGAAAACACUCUUCAUGGUAAUCAAUAUUUUUUCAUUGAAGGCUCCUCCUCUGACAUCACACACUCUAGGUUUGUAGUAAAUGUUGAAAGAAAUAA